AUGUUAGUUAACUAUUUAAAACGGGUAUAGCAAAAACGAUCUUUAGUUUCUGAAUGAUUGGAUGAAAUAAUUAAUAUAUUUAAUGUGAAGAAUAAAUAUAUUUCUACUGCUGGAUUCAUAUAGAAAAUUAAAGAAGAUGGACUUUAAUUCUUAAUUAAAGACGAGGCUCAGUGCAAAGUUUAUUAAAAACCUUCAUUAAAAAUUAAAUAAUAAUAUGUUUAAUUAUCUGGAACUGUUAGAAUUAAUUAAUAGUUUUCUGUUCCUUAAAAAUAUCAAAAACAAUCAAUUCUUCAACAAUAUAUAUUAUUAGAGCUACUGUUAAUAAAAUCAAAAAGUAUUAUGUAAAAUAACCAUAUAUAGAUGAAGUUUUAUAAUAUAAAUUAAAGCAUCUAUAAAAUUUAUUCAAUUAUUAGUGUAUGCUUUCAUCAAGAAUUAGAAAUAUUUAAGAAAAAAUUAUUAAUCUUUCAAAAAAUUAGUGUCUAACCAAAACAUAUUAAUAAAUUAUACCAUAUUAGAAAAUUGAUGAAUUUUAUACAAUAUAUACAUAAUAAAAGACCUAUUUAAUAAAAUAGCUGCAGAUAAAAUAUGAUAAUGAUUAUUUAAUGUUAAUGUUAAUUUAAUUAAAUAAAAUCAAAUAUCAUUAAACAUAUCAAGAUUAUAAUUCUUAUUAUAUCAUCAAAAUUUAAGUAAUUUUAUUAUGUAUUAAUUAAAUUAAAUAGCUUUCAAGAUUCAUAAAAUCAUAUUUGUAUUUUUUCAAUUAAUAAAGUUUAUAUUUAUAAAAUAUAUUUCUAAAAAAAUCAUUAAAAUAAUAUUGACUAUGUGGAAUCGAACCACAACCCUCUGAUUUGCAAUCAGUUGCACUUCCUAUAUGCGACAGUCAAUCAUUGA